GCGGCAUCGAAAAUUUUUAAAUGGCGCCGCCUCAGACGACACCCACUUCUGACUUAUUGCGCACAAAACUACAGCGUCAUCGACAUUCCUCGAGAAGCGUGUCGCGGCUUCCUCGAAGGCCAAGUUUGCAGCCCCGCCUGAUCAAGAGACCAUGUUCAAGGAGCUCCUAGCCAAGACUGCACCGAACGCCAGGCGGCUCGACAGACGCAAGAACACCCCACAACCGAGACACUUGGGUCGCUCGACGCUGAAAGCUGUGGGCGGCAGCCAUCGGACGCUGCAGAAGUCGCCACUCGCUGCUCGUAAAGCACCGAACGAAUUCUCAUCUUGGCGCCCCCCAAAUCGAUCGGCGCAGCGCACUCCGCGAAAAACAGGAGCCGCCCCUGUCCCUGUCAUGUCGCCGCCAGCUAAGACACCGGCGAACCUACACGGAAGGCCAAGCCGUCGAAGCGCCCAACGCGAAUUCGAGAAUACUUCCCGUUACAAACUGCCAGUGUGGCCUUCGUCACCGGAAGACCACCGCAGAACCUUGCACAGCGGGCGGACCCGAGACGACGUCCCACGCGACGUCCAUGGGUUCUAUGAAGCCGCCGAAUGUGACGUUUCCGACGGGUCGCAUCGCUCGUUCCCGCUUCCUGCUCACGUUUGUCCCCGGCGCGCUCCCUGGCACUCGCCGCUUGGCCGGGAAGACAGGCAUGACCACCUCAGUUCCAUCGUUUCGCCGCUACCUCGCGGCUACAAGGUGGCGCACAAGUACAGACACGGAGCGCCCUCUGUGAACGAAGUGUCGCACGACGAGGAACUUUUUAUUCCGCCGCGCGGCGCCCGUUCGUCACCGGGCGUUCGAAAUAGGCCCGGAGCCAUUCAGAUGUUCAGGCGUUUCGACUCAACCACGGCCUGGGUCACGGAUGAAUAUUCAAAGCACAAGCAGCAGGGCCCCGGUUAUUACGGCUCGCCGAACGCUUGAUAUAUAUUACGAACGCGUAUCACUCGCAUACUUUACUUUCAGCCAUAUAGAUGUUCUUUUCUUUUUUAGUGUUCUCUCUCAAUAUGAUUGCGUACUCGCAAAAUUAAAGUUGAUAAGGUAACGAAAUUAUCUCUUUAGCGCCACAAAAAGCCCCAAAGGAGGAGGAGGAAAAAGAAGAAAGGAAAGGCAGGGAGGUCAACCAGACGCACGUCCGGUUUGCUACCCCAGACGGGGGAAGGGGAUUAAAGGGAUGAAAAGAAAGGAGAGAGAGGGAAGAAAGUACUCGCAGUAUGAACAUGUGCAGUUGUCCAACACUUCACAGUCGGUCACUGAGGCCAGUCGACUUCAUGAAUUUUAACAAUGCCCGCGUCGCUUUGUGAGCCUGCGACGCGUGGGGCCACGGUCCAAGAAUCUUCGUCUCUGAAAACGGUCUCCUGUCUAAUUUGUUUAACACACUCCGGAGAAUGUCGCGUUCGGUCUCAUAAAGAUGACAAAAACACAACACGUGUUCCACCGUCUCCUCACAGUUGCACGAGUCACAGAUUGGUGUGUCGGACAUGCCCAGAAGGAAUGAGUACGCUUUCGUAAAAGCCACCCCUAACCACAGGCGGCAAAGUAAAGUUGCAUCACGGCGGGGUAAGUUCGGUGGAAUUCGUAGCCUCAGUGAAGGAUCCAGCCGGUGGAGAUGACAGUUCGUACAAAUCGGGCUGCUCCAUGAUGUUUCUGUCUCAGAUUGCAGACGCGUUGCUGCCACGUGUUGUCUCUUUAAUCGUGGUGCUAUGCCGAUUUUUUUCCUCGAGAACAAGGCUCUGCUUCAAAAUUCACCAUCGAAUAUUCUUCUGUGGACCGUUUUUAAUACAAAAGGCGUUUUUCAGCAGGUGCCAAGGCAACCUUCGAGUCAAUACAAAUGUUUUUGUCACACGAGGCGCUUCCGAACGACGGAUGUGUUGAUGGAAAACGGAAACCAUGCGUUCAGCGAGAGUGACCAGUUCCAAAGGUUCCAGUAACGGCGGAAUUCAUGAUCGGCGCUUAUAUAAUGACUCCCCAUUAAGAUGUUCAUGCAUGCCGACUGAAUGCGCUAUAUGCAGAGCAGUAGUCAUAGACUUGGAUAAAACACAUCAUAAGAAGCAAAUGCUCAUAGCUACCACCGUCUCAGUUCUUGAGCCUUCAAAAAGCCAUGUGUGACAAGAGUUUGCUUUCUGGUACUGAUCGACGAACAAUGCUAGCGCCCUCAACGGGUAAUUAUCGCAUACUUAAUUGGCAGCGGUUAGACAUUGAUAUUGAACCGCAAACUUCAGUACUAACACAAACUGUGCAUAAACUGGCUCAGAACUGUGAGGAUACAGUGUCUCAGUCGAGUUACUUUCUAGAUUGCGCAAAGUCGACCAUUCUAUAGUAUAUGUCCGAAAAUUCGUGUUCCAAGAAUUAGCGUUUAUCUCUUAAGAGAGGCUGAUGAUGGGCCCCAGCUCAACUGUGCUUGGAAGUAUCACUCACUCAGUAAAAUGGCAAUACAGUGCAGCCCAGCUGGGUCGCUAUAACGUAAAGCUAUUCCAAACACAUUUUAUUCCAAUCUCCUGACGUCAAAUUUACGUAACCACCGACGCAUGCAUCGGGCGGUGACCCGCAGCAUUGU